CUUUGGUUAUCGAGAGAGAUCCUUGGUAAACCUCGUAGACGUGAGACGAGGAAGAAGAUGACGACGAUAUCGGAUCUCCCAAACGAUUUGGAAUCGGACAUACUUUCUAGGGUUCCAGCGAAGUCUCUAUGGGAAUUGAAAUCGACUUGCAAACGAUGGUACGCGUUGUUCAGGGAUCGGAAGUUCGCGGAGAAGAACAAGAAGAAGUUAGGUGAAUCGGUGAAAGAAUCGAUGUUACUGAGCGAUCUUAGGGUUUACGCAAUCGCCGGCGGAGAUCUCCUCCUCCAAAAAAACAAAAACGGAUCUAUCGAGUUUACAGGUAAACUCACAGAUCUAAAUGGUUCAAACGAUUUGAAAAUCAAUGAGAUAUUUCACUGCGACGGUUUAAUGUUAUGCUCGAUGACGAGUAAACUUGUGGUUUGGAACCCAUGUACUGGUCAGACUAGGAGCAUCGAACCCGGGACUUGUUGUUACUCUUACGAUGAUGCAUAUGCUUUAGGAUACACCACUUCUUCUACUGGCCAUCGUAGCUACAAAAUCUUGAGACGUUUUUAUCGUCAAAACGACAAGAAAGUGUUGGGUGAGAUGUAUGAUCUUAGCUCCGACGGUUCGUGGAGGGUUCUUGAUGAUACCUUUCCUCCUCUUGGCUACUCCGUGAGUCCCAACGGCGUGUCUUUGAAAGGAGACGCUUACUUUGUUGCUCCUCGAGACAAAGUAAAUGAUGUUUUCUUGAUCACAAAAUUCGAUUUCACAACCGAGACGCUCGUGCGUCUCUCUCUUCCGUUUCAGAGUCUUCAUCCUUGGGAUAAAGCGUUUCUUUCGGUCGUUAGAGAUGAAAAAAUUGCCUUGUUAUACGUUUGUAAAUGCGAAGGGGACAUGAGUAUAUGGAUGACCAAUAAGAUUGAUGAUGAAGCUAAAGACCUGUCGUGGGGGAACGACUUUGUCAUGAGAAUCGGUUGUCAUAGAACCAACUUGUAUUUCGGAAGCUUCUUGUUCGACCAAGAGAAUAGAGUGGCGGUACUGUCUUGUGCAGCACUGGGUCGAAAAUAUUUUAACAGAAUCUUCGUUGCUGACGACAGUGACAAGUAUACGGAUAAACAAGUUUAUGAAGCUAAGACAUCUGCUUUCGAUUGGCCACGUCUCAUCAGUUAUGCUCCGAGUUUGGUUCACAUUCCGAAAAGUACACCUAAGAGGAGGCAUAAGAAACAGAGGUUGUUAGCUAUCCCUUAAAAAAUGAAUUACUCUCUUUCUUUUUGUUUUUUUCUUCUCGUGUUGGUGAUGUUCUUCUGGUUUGUUUCGGUUUAGUCGACGCUUGAUUAUGAUUUUCUUGUUUUCCUUUUUGUCUAUUGGAUCCUUUGUUCAAGUACUGUACAAUGUCCAAGCUUGUACCCAAUUCCGCUUCGAAUGUUUCAUCUUGGAGAGAAUGUCAUGUAGAUUUUAAUAUGAAACUCAUGGAUUCUGAAUAGA